CAGCCUGAGCCCAAACCGGGCUGUGUUACUUGGUUGUGUAUAAGUUGCCUUCUCUCGCCUCUAUCGUUUGGGCUCCCUCCUCAUCUCGUCAAUCCAUGAAGUGAGGAUCUUAACACUCUCUCUGUACAAUGUUCUCAAAAAGAUCCCAUUCUCCGGCCUCCCAUGCUCGGUGGUCAUAUCUACAAUGUGUCCCAAAACGAUGCAUCCGCAUCGUCAUCCUCUGCCUUCUUAUGACCUUGCUUCUCGCCCCCUCUCUACUCAAGCAACAAUACGUCCACCAUGCACCAUUCGAAGCACCAAACUCCGGGCUUGUCCUUCAUGGCAAAGUCGUACACGAUGCCCCUACUACACUAUAUCCGUUGGAGCCCUUCCCUGAGUCGCCGAUGAUGCUACCUUCGAGCGACGGUGACCACAGCAAUCAGUCACAUCCUUGGCUAGCGGCAGUGAUGUGCGCCGCGGAAGAUGUUGAACGCCGGAUGAUGAUAAGAUCGACCUGGAUGAAAGUCUACCGAGAUUUGCCUUUUGACAAGCGCUUCGUCGUGUCCAGCCCGGGACCUCGAUGGACUGAGAUUGUUGCCAUGGAAAACCGGACUUUUGGCGACAUGAUCGUGCUGGACCACCUCCGAGAAGACGAUGUGACAGCCAACACGAUCAAGACGCUCGAGUUUUACAAGUGGCUAGUGCAUCACGGAAAGAAAUACGAGUUCGUCUCCAAGAUGGACACCGAUCUGUGGCUGAACGCGCGUGGGUUCUGGGACAAAUUCCUGGCGCCGCGGAUGUCCAAUGAGGUCGGACGUUAUACGGCAACGGUCAAGCGGACAGUCAUUGGAGAGUUGUUCUACUCCCGCGCCUGGGACCUUGUCUUCCCCCACGGCGCCAUGUACACGGUAACGUGGGACAUGGUGGAGUUGCUGGCGUCGCUGCAAAGCAGGUUCUGCGUCGUGACAGGCGAGGACAUGGCGGUGGCGACGCUGAUGCUCAAGGGCCGAGAGCAAGCCAACUUUGUCAAUUUUAGAGGCACCGAGAAGUUCGACUAUGACGACAUGGACUCGCGCGGGGACGGGAGAGCGUGGGCGCGGGAGACGACGCACCCUAAUUCAACGCGUCAUGCUAUUGCCGGCCGCGACGCCAUUGCAGUUCACCAACUAAAAGAGAAGCGGCUGUGGUUCAAGGUGGCCGAGUGCUUCGACGAGCGUGGCGUCAAGCCGACUCCGCCCUUCAGCGGGUUGGAAGCGACGCCGGCCUGGACGCUGCGCUGGUCCGACUUUCUGCACUCGAUGGGGCUGACAAGGCGGUACAAAUCCCGGGUCGACAGGAUACCCGACUUUGUCUGGAGUUUCGAGGAGGAUAGCUGGAUAUGCGACGGGAUCUGGAACCUCGGCAAGUGGAGGGAUGGUUUCGUAGACGAAGUGCAAUAAUGAAGUGUAAACACACCCGCCAUGUGUCUCCGUUUGUGACGUCCGCCUGGUACUCGGGCGCCAAGUACCUGCUCGCGUGCCUCUUUUGCGUCUUUGUGCCUUGGCACAAACAACCGCCUAAUAAUAACAACUUGCUCAAACAGAGGCAGAUUAAUUUCAUGCUAGGUUGCCGUCGUCGCAGGCUUCGGGACGAAGCUGCAAUUGGUUCAAAACCGGCUUAUUAGCGGCCGUGGCUGAGGCUCAGCUGUCUGAGAGCCCAGGGGUGGCAUGCCGCUUUCCAGACUGCGAUUCGAAUCGUCGAGAGAAUCGUAUCAGAUCCGCUUGGUUGAUGCAGCGAAAGCACAGGUCUCCCGUAGGAGGUACCGCAUUAUCCCGACAUAGUGCCCCGGAAUACGAGCCGACUAAUGAUAUGGCGGGAGAGUUACGUGAUGCGCCGCACGGGGGUUUAUAGUCGGAGGGA